GUCUUGUGCCGUCAGGUGUCUUGGCCGGAGUCGCCUAUCCAAGGGGUUGAGCGGCCGAAGAACGAAGACGUCGGCAGAUCGGUUUGCGCUCAUCGCGGCUCUACCCUGCGUUUGGCUCUGGUUCAAGGCGACACUCCGGCGAUCAGCGUCACAUUUAUCCUCCGUUUCCAGAAAAACGAAGCGAAUGCACGGACACGGGUAGCGAGGAGCUCCUGAAUGCGGAGGGUCACGUGGACGCAGCGUGGCAUGGCCAGCACUGUCACAGGCUAAUGCGCACGGGAGGUCGUCACGCGGGAGGUGCCCUGGAGUGGUUAGAGUUGGGUAAAGUGGUUUCCACAACAAGGAGUUUCAACAGCAUCCUGACGACCAGUGUCCAAAGCUGCUGUUUCUCCCCUUAAGAGGAGGCGGUUUAUUUUGUGGGCAAGCGAUGAUGGACCAGAGUUAGUUUCCCUCAGGGGCGUUCUCAUUAUCACUCCGUGUCGCGCCUGGACGAGGAGAGCGCUGCGGAGGCCACGCCCGCCAGGAAACCGGCCAAUCGCGUGAUGGCGAUGGCGAGCCAGGACCUGCCUCGGGAGCUGCUGCUCAGCCAUAAACGGGUACUGCACUCGGGGGAGAAGCCGGAGCUGCAGAGGAGGCUGGAGAGGAGGAGGCUGGAGCAGCACAGGGAGCAGGAGCAGGCCCGGCAGCCGCCCUCCGACCUGGAGCAGGAGCUCCGCAAGAGGCAGCUCAAAAUGCAGGAGCAUGAGCAGGAGGAGGUGAAGAAGAAGGUGGACCAGGAGAACGUUCCGGAGUUUGUGCGGGUGAAGGAGAAACUGAGGCACAUCCAGGCCUCGGGACAGUGAGGUGCGGCACCUCCAGGCCUGGGGACAGUGAUCCAGGCAUUGGGGUGGCCUGACCGCCCAUGUUCCCCCAUGCCCUGACACCUCCACUGCUGCACCGAGGAGCAUAAAAGCCCCGCCAGACCACCGUCGGACAUCAUUCCCGAGACACUGCUGCGUUCGUUACCUGAACACUGAGCCCCAUGGCUGACGCACAGAGGAUGCUGGGUUACCGAGGAACUGUUUCUGCCCAAACUCUCCCAGUUGACCGGUUUACUCUCCAUUAAUAAAUCUGGCUCGCCUGCCCAGCCUUUUUAAGUACAUUUUAUAUGACAAUGGUCAAACAUUAAUGCAAAUCAGUAUGUUGUCUGCUAUUUGUGCGUUCCAUGAAACCAGUGAGCAAAAAUAAACUAAAGGCAAAUGCUCUUGGCCACAAGCGUGUUAUGGUACAGAGACGAGAGAGAGCCUGUGUGUGAUGAGAAGGCACACGCGUGUGUCCGAGACCAGUAUUCUCUGUUGGGUGUGAGUGGACCUGCUAUGCAUGUAUUUGG